AUUCGAACACACCAACGUAACACCUUCCCCUCCCCCCUUCACUACUUCUGCUUCGCGCAACAUGAAGUUCUCCCUUGCUACCGCUUUCUCCCUCCUCGUCGCCUCUGGCCUCGUCGUCGUCUCAGCCGCGCCUGCUCCUGUGAGUGCUUAGUCUAAGUUCAUCAUCUCGAAAGAGAACGUGGUGGGAACGGUCUUAUGUGGCAGAGAUGGGCAGCUUCCAUCCACUCAACUUGACUUGACAAGCGGAGAGCUGGAUGUCGGGGCAUCGCCUUCACCAUCAGCAUAGAGGCAGCACGCUGACACCAUUCACUCCACACGCCUCGCCCUUCCCCAUCCACGCCGACACACGCGCGGUGAAGCCCGCCGAAAACUGGGGCCGCGUCGCUGCCUGGAAGCGCGAUGAGCCUGCUGCCGACUACUACGGUGGAGGCCGUGGCGGAAGCUGGAAGCGCGACGAGGAGCCAGCUGAGAACUGGGGCCGCGUAGCAGCUUGGAAGAAGCGUCUCGACAAGCCCGCUGCCGACUACUACGGUGGUGGUCGUGGUGGCAGCUGGAAGCGCGCAGAGGACCCCGCCGCCGACUACUACGGUCCCGGCCGUGGCGGUAGCUGGAAGCGCGACGAGGAGCCUGCCGCCGACUACGGCAGGGCUGCAGCAUGGAAGCGUGAGGGAUCGGACAAGGUUGAGGCCCGUGAGGAGCCCGCCGCCGACUACUACGGCCCUGGCCGCGGCGGAAGCUGGAAGCGUGAAGACAAGCCCGCCGCUGACUGGGGACGCGCCGCCGCCUGGUAAUCACCUCUAUCACCAUGGGCACCUUCAAGCGCCACCACACUGUCAUCCUUACCAUUAGCUUGAAAUAGGGCUAUUCCUCCUCUACCCUACCAUCGACAACGCCACCCCACACGCAUCAUCACGGUCACCCUCCUCCAUCGAUUCAACUUCCUUCACCUACAGUACACAACAGCGUGCGCUCUCGUCAAUACUCACGCGGAGGAGCGAAGGCAACGCAAGAACACCACUAGUCGAAUCCUCCCGGCGCCACCAUGACAAUCACCCACCACCAUCAAAGACCGAAUUUCCGUCUCGUUUCCUAUCGUUCCAUCGUACCAUAGCCUUCUCACUUCGACUCCCUAGUCCCCUUGUGUUCUCAAUUUUGUCUCUACUAGUCUCGUCACGACUCGCUCAUAGUCAUUCAAUCAACAGACCUGUUUCGUCGUCC